AUGGCUCACCAAUCGAGUUUGCUCAAGCUCAACACCGGCGCGCACAUUCCUGCAAUCGGCUUCGGAACCUGGCAAGAUGCCGAUGCUCAAGAACCCGCCGUUACCAUUGCUCUCAAGGAAGGCUACAGGCAUAUAGAUACCGCGCGAAUUUACGGCACCGAGCCAGCGGUAGGCAAGGCCAUCAAGAACAGUGGCGUCCCACGCGAUGAGAUCUUCAUCACGACAAAGCUAUGGAACAACAGCCACCACCCGGACGACGUAGAGAAAGCACUGGACGCUUCUCUCAAGGACCUCGGAGUUGAUUACGUCGACCUUUACCUUAUGCAUUGGCCCUCACCGUUCGCGCGGAGCGACCAAAUGAUGCCGAAAGGUGACGAUGGCAAGAUCAAGAGCGGCGAUACCGACUACGUAGACACAUACAAGGCGAUGGAGAAGUGCUUCAAGUCCGGCAAGGCGAAAGCCAUUGGCGUCUCAAACUUCAGCAAAGCCGAGAUGGAACGGUUGCUGAAGGAGACCAGUGUUGUGCCCGCCGCCCACCAAAUCGAGCUACACCCCUGGCUCCAACAGACCGACUUCACGCAAUGGCACAAGAGCAAAGACAUCCACGUGACCCAGUACAGCCCCUUCGGCAACCAGAACCAGAUCUACAGCGGCGGCCAAGACAUGGGCAAGCUGAUGGAUGACCCGGUGCUCGUCGAGAUCGGCAAAAAGCACGGCAAGACGGGCGCGCAGGUCGCGCUCGCGUGGGGCAUCACGAGCGGCCACUCGGUCAUCCCAAAGAGCAAGACGGAGUCGCGGAUUAAGCAGAACCUGGGAGGCGACUUCAAGCUGGAUGAGGAGGAUAUGAAGAAGAUUGCGGGGAUUGAUAAGAAGAUGCGGUUUAAUGAUCCGUCGGAGCGCUUUGGGUGGAACUUCUAUGCGGAUCUGGAUGGGAAAAAAUAA